CUUUGCCCUCCGACCGUCCCCGCUUGAAGCAACAAACCCGCUCCAGUGACUCGGGCAGAAGACACUUCCAAGGCAUCCCACACCACCCCAACCCCCAUUCCUUUUUUUUUUUUUGAGACUCUCCAUUCUUGAGGGUGUGGAGGCCAGGAUUCUAAGUUUACCUCCCCCAGAUCGGUCCAAAAUCUUCAUCUGCUUCUCUUGCGACCGUUGCUCCCCACCUCCUCUCUCUCUCCCGUCGCCUCUUCCAUUUCGGCUGUGCGAUGUGUGCGGAUUACGCCCGCUAAUUCAGUCGUGACCUCACCGCAUACCAAUGCAGACCGCCUUCAUUACUCCGCCGUGUGCAGGUUUAUGGUUCCUGGUGGUCACCGGCCAUCAGUUCGGGUCUCGGGGAUAAGCUUCUGCGGCGCAAUGAACCAGGCGACCCCCCCUUCCUCCCCGUCCCUGUCCUCCUCCGUGUCAAACGAGCGGCCGACCGCCGAGUUAGCUCCGCUGCUCGACGACCUCCAGUCCAUUGCUGGCGGAAACGCCAUCGACGCGCAGGGGGCCCUCGCGGCGACCGAAUGCCUGCUCCGCCUCCGCCAUACCUUCAUCGAUAGCGAUAACCACCGCGCGGCCAAGGAGGCCUUCCGCCAUUUGCAUGGCUUCCAGAUCUUGCUGAAGCUGCUCCGGACAGUCUCGGAGCUCUACACCCCCGAUGAUCCUUCGCAGGAGAACAAGAAAUGUCUGCUGUCGCUGUGCAAAGAUGUGUUGGCGGUGCUGGGGGAGGCUCUGAAGGAACACUCGGCGAACCAACGCUAUUUCGCGACUCGGGUCGCGGGGGGAGGACAACGGGCCCUGGAGGCCGCGUUUGAGGUUCUAGUAGAUAAAUUGAACGGUGCGGAGAAUGAUACCGAGCAAUUCUACGGUGCUGUCUUGGCGGGGGCCCUGUGCCAGGAAGCCGCGGCCGGCAUCUUUACGGCCCUUCGGACAAAGUUCCGAGACAGCCAGGAAUGGUCUCUCUCAGAUAUCAGAGCCGAAAUCGAUCGGUAUUUGGGGAGCUCGGAAACGGUUGAAGUGCCCGAGUUUCUGGACCCGUUUGUGCGGGUCUGGUUGGCACAGUCCGCUCACCCGGUGUCGGAAUACCCCAUCCAGAGGCUCGCCGUCCCGGCGUGCCUAUGCCAGUUGGCUGCGCAGUCGCGGAGGAACACGACGGCCCUGCAUGCGACGGGGAUUUUAUCCUCCAUCCUGCCACUCCUGCUGAGCGAGGGCCGCCCUCGGGACGAGAGAGAUCUUUACGAAGAACUGGCACGCCUGCUGUGCGCCCAGGGACUAAGUAGUUUGGAUGACGUGGUGUCGCUUUACCGCAAGGCACACGAAUCGCCCGAUGCUCUUCGGCUCUUGGUCGACGUUUUGAAACGGUCGAAGGAGCCGCCCGCCCUGCAGUUUGACCUGUCGCUGCAUGGGUAUUGCUCGCUGGAAUUCUCGACCCUGGGCCGCUCUUUUCCCCCGACAACCUCCUCGGGGUAUACACUUUCAGUAUGGGCGCGCUUCGAUCGGUUUGACACAGAGACGCAUACCACAGUGUUUGGGGCGUUUGAUGCGAGCCAAAGCUGCUUUUUGUUGGCAUAUCUUGAAAAGGACACUCGCAAUUUUAUCCUGCAGACCUCGAUCAGAGGCUCUCGUCCAAGUGUCCGUUUCAAAUCCACGGUGUUUGAGCCCAACCGAUGGUACCACAUAUGCGUGGUGCACAAGAAGCCCAAGCCACCGUCUUAUUCCCGUGCUUCCCUGUUCGUGGACGGUGAAUUUGUUGAGCAACAGCGGAUCGAGUAUCCCGGUAUCCCUGCCCCAAGCGCCACGCACCGAACACCGCGGGUCCAGGCCUUCUUUGGUACCCCACAAGACUUGGCAAUGAGAUUGGGAAAGGGAGUGUCUACGUCACGAUGGUCUUUAGCAAACGCAAUUCUGAUAGAAGAGGCAUUUAGCGAUGAUAUGAUCUCCGUCUUCUAUAAUCUCGGCCCACGAUACUAUGGCAACUUCCAAGACUGCCUGGGCUCGUUCCAGACCUACAAGGCGUCUGCUGCUCUAAAUCUCCGUAAUGAACAUUUACAUCCUGGAAAAGAGGAGUCGUCUGAUAUCGUGACCGCCAUUCGUCGGAAGGCGAGUGUCCUGAUCCGCGAGGGGUCGAUCCUGAUCAACGUGUCUCCUUUGUCGGUCCUGGAUGACGAUGACUCUAACGGCGUUGACGAGUCUCGCCUCAUCAAGUGUCUUUCCAAGCAGGCGGCUCGGAAUCUUCACCAGCUAACCAAAGCGGGAGCGAAUGCAGUGGUCGUCAACGGCGCGACUCCCGCUAUCAAUGAUGCCCUGACCCAAGCCCAUGGGAUUGGGGUGUUGACGGGUGAUCCUGUAGUUGCAAUCCCUCGCUCCCUGGACGACGCCAGCUGGUGCAUCGGAGGAUGCGCGGCGGUGCAUUUGAGCUUGGUCCACGCCGCUCGCACACCCGAAUCCACCCGUCUGGCUGUGGAAGCUUUGUAUGAGGCAGUCCAAGACAACUGGCGGAAUAGCGAAGCGAUGGAGAAGGAGAAUGCCUAUGGUAUCCUGGCGGCAUUACUGCGUGACAAGCUCGGCUUGCCCUUGGGUAGCAACUCCGCACCCGCCAGGACGGCCAGCGUGACUUCUGACUACAAUGAGCGGUCCGAUUUGACGCUUGCGAUCCUUCGUCUGACCCUUGGUUUCGUGGGUUACAACUUUGAGCGACCGAAUCUCUCCAUCAUUACGAAUCCGUUGGCGUACAGGGUCUUGCUAGUGGACCUGGACGUUUGGAGAUAUGGGAACGCCCCCCUCAUCGAGUUGUACUAUUCCCAGUUCUGUACCUUCUCCAAUGAGAGCCAGUUCCGUCGGUUCAACGCCAAACGCCUUGCUCGCAUGCGUGUUAACAAGAAGCUCCUCGAAUCCUUGAAAGACGAGGAAUUCACGCUGGAUUCGCUGCAUCUUUUCACGUCUGCUUUUGGUUCUCUCCUGGAAGGAUGCCUGUCAGCCGACUUGCUGCGGUCAUUGGCGUUGUUUAUCACCUAUGCCAUCCAUAAGCACAAAGAACCCAGCAGAUUGCAGAAGAAGAAGAGCAUGCGUUUUAUCGCUGGGUCGCGACAGACUCCGAACACGCCUGAAGGAAAGAAAUAUGUCUCCAGUCUUACUGUGGCUAUAGAAAUGCUUCGGAUGCUCUGUUCUAUACUGUGCACCGCCCAUGAUCUCCUUCCCAUCAAGAAAUUUGCCAGGGCUGUUACAAAUAAGUGGCUACUAUAUCUCAUGUGUGAAGAUGAGCCCGAGAUCGUGGUUUUGGCUGCUAAAAUAAUGGCCCGGUUGCUCGUUACCCACGGCGAUGGCUAUGGUAAGAAGUUCUCUGAAAAGUCUGGAGGGUACGUAAUCAUGCGCCAAUACUUGAAGAAGUGGUGGAGGAUCCCGGCCAUUUGGCCCAUAUGCUUCGCUAUCUUCUUUGGCGUUGAUGUUGGCAAGAUAAGCGUCAAGAAGCCUUUCGACCAGGCUGGCCUGCUGGAGACGUUUUUUCUUGGCGAUCAAACUUUUGUUGCCUUCCCUGAAAUGCUUCCGGUCAUCAUGGAGAUGAUGCAAAGCGGCCUGAGACAUGCCGUCCUGGCCGACGAGACCGCUGGUUCUGAAGGACAGGAAGACGAGCAUCCUAAAGCUCAAGUACCGCAAGCUGGAACCCCCACAAUGUCAUCCCAUGUGCCGGUUACCGCCACAGCUGAAAAACUGUCAUUGUUAUCAACUGUCAUAGAUUUCUUUGCGGGGAUGCACAUGCGAUCGCAUAGCUUUCGCGAGUUUGCGACACGGCCUGAAUAUAUCCAGCAUCUACUCUACGUGCUAUUUCCUGUUGUUUCCGGCACUGAUGCCGUGGGUGCUGAGGUUGAAUUGAGCUGCCGUAUGGGCGAUCUGAGCUUCGAUGACCAACACUUGGUCGCGCGCCCCCGUUCUCGAGGCGCAAGCGACUUGCAAACAACGAUGGUGGAACACACUGGAGCUCGCGAUGAUGAGGGCGAUGCCAUGAGACGUGGGUCGUCGUUCAUCCUGAUUUCUUCCGACGGAGCGAAGUAUCCACCAUCAUCCGCGCGUAUACGCCACACAUUCAGUCCCCGUCAGUUCGAAGCCAGUGGAACGACUUCCAAGGUCACCGACUGCCCACAGGUUAUUGGGAUUCUGGAUUUGGUUCUGGCAGUUUUCACAGAGCAAGUGCUGGAGCGGAAAGAGUUUUCCGGUCUCGGCCUUUACCUCAAGGCGCCGCCUGGGUUCCCGGAAAACCAGGCAUUUUUCACCUCGUGGCUGCUGAGACAUCUCCUCACCACGCUUCAAGACGUGAUAUUCUCCAAUGUUGAAGUCUUAUCCGAGCCACGCGUACUCACCAACCUUGGCCGUCUCGCCACGCAUCUGAGGGAGGCCGUGUACGAGGGUUGGUUUGUUGACAAUGCGAAUUCGACUCUCGAGUUUGCAGGAAGUAUAUUAGAAUAUCUUCAGCGGCCGGACGUCUCCCGCCUCAAAAGCAUUCGGCUCUGCAGUCAAGCAAUUAACACAAUCCGUACGACGCUGUUUCACGUCGUCCUGCUGAGGCUGUCCGAGGCGGAGGGGCCGGAUGCAAUCGCUUUCUUGCAUCGCCUGGCUUACUGGCAAGUCGUUCUCCUGUCCGAUGGCGAGCCCCAGUCAGACAAUCUGCAGCUACUAUGCUAUCUGCUGUAUAUCAAGUUGAUCGACAAAAACCACGACGUGCGUCUCGCCGCGGCGGGUCUUUUCAGGAUCAUGCUGGUGCAAAAGCCGACGGAGAUGACCCACGUUCUUAGCUUCGCGGCAAUCCCGUUACAGGAGCGUCUCUCUGGAGGCUUCGAGGCUCUUGUUGGCAUGGAGGAUGCCGCUUUUCUACAAUGGGUGGACGACCAAGAGGCUGAUCUGAAAGCGCUGUUUUUCGGAAUCCUAUCAAAAUCCUGGGACACGUUCGUCCGAGACGAAAACUCGCAUAUUGAGAAUCUGACGCGCAGCCGGCUGUCUAAGCGCCAGGAAAAAUUAAAGCAGUGGUGUCAGGUUGACUCCCUCAGCGAGGAAGUGACCCGAAGGCACGACGCCACCUUUCCGCACUGGAAAUCGAAUAUAUCGGCCUCUGAAUUCCUCAAAUACCAGCGGGCUAUACAGGACCAACAAGAUAACUACGUGUUUAUGUGGACGGCCUUUUCCCAUCUAGUGAGAGACUUGCAGCGCUUCGGCGGUGUCCUCGCCGAGGAUGAAGAAAGGAAAUGGUGUCUUGAUCAGACGGAAGGGCGUAGCCGGAUGCGUCUUCGCAUCGUCCCUGACGACUCAGGACAGCGACAAGAUUACCAGCCCAAGCGAAAAGCAUCCGAGCCGCCUACUUUCAAGAUUGACACGCAACUGAGCCCUUCAGGGAACGAUGGCCUCCCUGUCACACCCACGGGAACGACUGCCGAAAGUUCCAACGGCCCGUCGCAGAGCAUUGUUGGUCCGGAUAGCAAAAGUGUCAUCGAGGAGAGCUUCGAGCUGAUCGAUGACCCGAAAGUGGAUCUCGAAGAUUAUGAGGAUAAGAACCGGAAGGUCAUGAGGACGCUACACCGCGGCGACCAAGUGGAUAGCGUGUGCAAUAUGUCUCGAAUUAUCGGCUUAGAAGCCUGCGAGGGUCUCUUGAUCUUGGGGAAAGAAAAUAUCUAUAUCCUGGACAACUUCUUCCAAAGAUCCGACGGCGAGAUCGUGAACGUCUGGCAGGCUCCUGCUGAUGAACGCGACCCAUAUGUGCGCAUGAUCACGGGACGGGAGUCUAAUGAGCGCAAGUCGCAGGAGCAUGAUACGAGAAGCUGGAAGUGGUCCGACUUGAUCAGUGUCUCCAAACGGCGGUUUCUGUUCCGCGACGUGGCUCUCGAGAUUUUCUUCACGGAUGGCACGAGCUACCUGCUUACGCUGAUCUCCUCACGAGCGCGAGACAUCCUCUGCAGCCAGUUGGCGUCUAAAGCGCCUCAAACGACCGGCAGCGUGGGCCAUUCACGCCCAGAGGAUGUCUGGCGAUUCGAGACGCUGCGCAGCCCCGAAGAUGAGCCCCAGUCGCUGGGGUCGAAAUUCGCCAGCGUGUUCGGUCAUUCGCCCGUGCAUCCGGCCACGCGCAAAUGGGUCAAGGGGGAGAUCUCCAACUUCCACUACCUCAUGCUGAUCAAUACUCUCGCGGGUAGAACUUUCAACGACCUAACCCAGUACCCCGUUUUCCCCUGGGUUCUCGCCGACUAUACCAGUGAAGAGCUGGACCUGACCAACCCCAAGACCUUCCGCGACCUGUCCAAGCCCAUGGGCUGCCAAACGCUGGACCGGGAGUCCGACUUCAGGGAACGGUACAAGGCGUUUGCGGAGAUGGGCGACGACGAUGCCCCGCCGUUCCACUACGGCACGCACUACUCCUCAGCCAUGAUUGUCAGUUCGUACCUCAUCCGCCUCCAACCGUUCGUCAAGUCCUAUCUCCUGCUGCAAGGUGGCACGUUCGACCACGCGGACCGCCUUUUCUACUCCAUCCGCAAAGCCUGGGAGUCGGCUUCGCACAGGAACAUGUCCGAUGUCCGCGAGCUGAUCCCCGAGUUCUUCUACCUCCCUGAAUUCCUGGUCAACUCAAACAAGUACGACUUUGGAGUCCUCCAAAAUAUGACGACCACUAUCGACGCCGUGGAACUGCCACCAUGGGCCAAGGGCGAUCCCAAGAUUUUCAUCCAGAAGCACCGCGAGGCGCUGGAGAGUCCCCAUGUGACGCAGAACUUGCACCACUGGAUCGACCUGGUGUUUGGCACCAAGCAGAAGGGUGACGCCGCGAUCGAAGCCGUCAAUGUUUUCCACCAUCUGUCGUAUCAGGGCGCCAAGGAUGUCGAUACCAUUGAUGACCCUGUCGAGCGACUCGCUACGAUUGGCAUUAUCCAUAAUUUCGGACAGACGCCGCAUCAGAUUUUCAAUCGGCCCCAUUCGGGGAGAGAGGACCUGCGCCAUAGGAUUCCGCGGCUGGAUCGGCUGGCCGAGUCGCUUACGCAGCAGCCUUUGUCGCUUCUAAAUAUUGGAGAGCAGGUGUCGUCGCUUUCAAUGAAGCACGACCGCCUUCUUUGCGCACCGCCUCUUCGGUUAAACAUACCCCCAGCCUACGACAAGUACAUGGAGUGGGGAUUCGCAGACGGCAGCGUCCGAUUCUACUCCGCCGACAGCCGAAAGCUCCUGGGCCACUUCGAGCAUCUGCACAUCGGCCAGCUGUCGAGUGCGAUCUUCGCCGACUCGCGCACGCUGAUCACGUCAGGGACAGACUGUACGGUAUCUGCGUGGACAUUCACGUCGACGAGCAAAUCGGUGGAUCUACAGCCCACGGGAUCGCUGUUCGGACACCGCACGCCUGUGACGGUGCUGGCCGUGUCGCGGUCGUUCAGCGCGCUCUUAUCGGCUUCUACCGACGGCCAGAUCAUGCUGUGGGAUUUGAACAGGCUGUGCUUUGUCCGGGAGCUUCCUGCGCGUGGUCCUAUCGAGUGCGCACGGAUCAAUGACGUGACUGGGGAGAUUGUCAUCUGUCGGGGCAAUUGCAUCAGCCUGUACACGCUCAACGGCGCGCUUCUCCUGGAGCAAGCGGCAUCGGAUACGACCGACGACCCUGUGCUAUCGUGCGUGUUUUACGAGGGCGUCGGCAACGAGUGGCAAGAGCGCGAGCUGCUGUUCAUGGGACACCGACGAGGCGUGGUCAACAUCUGGAGCAAAACCAUCCGCAACGGAAAAUUCGAGCUAGAGAUGAUCCGCCAGCUGCACCAUGUGGAUAGUAACCGCGACAACGGGGCGAAUAUCACGACGGGGAUCAGCUGUAUUCUGGCGCUGCCGCAUGUUGUGUACACGGGGGAUGAAGCGGGCAGGGUGUAUGAAUGGAGCUGUGUGCAGCGCCGUUGAGAUGACCUCAGAUUCGGUUGCGCUGAUGGUUCUUGGUGUUGCACCAAGGAACCACAUGUGCUGUGUGGUAAGCAGUGCUUAUGCAUUGAUCUGUUGGUCUGGGCAAUGCAAGUGGGAUGGAUGUAAUCUGGUCACCUCGUACAUACAAUUUCCGAUUCCGAACUCCCCCGGGACCCCGCAGUCGGGGAUACGAGGGGGAGGAGAAGAGGGGAACGGACUAGGAUAAAACCAAGAAAAGGGGAAAGAAAUGAAUCGAAAGAAAAGGAAAGUCAAUUGAAUUCAUCAAGGAAACAGGGUCGAAUUGAACGGUAUAAACUCAGGGUGUUAGUUAGUCCUAAGUAGUGUAGAAGUUCUACCGGUGAGACGUGAUUAGCCCGGAUGGCUGUGGACCGUCCAGCUCUCCAGCUAGAGGUAGCUAGUCGGAGCACACUGCACCGCUCUAG